AUGGAAGCUGCAUCUUCCAAAAGACCAAGACAAACCAAACCAUUCACCCGCCGUCGGAAGCCUAGGACUCCAUCACCUCCAUCUAGAUCCCCAUCACCUCCAUCUAGGUCCCCAACACCCUCAUCCGACCCGUCUCAUUGUGGUGUUGUAUGUCUUAGCCCAAUUCAACAGGGCAAACUUGAGUCAUUCCUUAAACAGGGUCAUGUCAUCCAAAAAUUCGCGCAUUUUCCAUCCUUAAAAGAGUUGCAUGUUUACAAUCAAGUCAAAACCCUGUUUCGCAACAUAGGGUGGCACGGCUUGUUGAGGGUCCAUGAAUUGAGCUAUAAAGUCCCAAUAACUGAGUUUCUAUCCUCAGUUUAUUUAGACCAUGGGAUCCUCUACUUCCGUCUAAUGAAUCAAGACUAUGAGAUCUCUAUGGAUCAAAUCAAUGCCAUUGUGAGGGCCCCAACGGAAAACACAUUUGGCCCCACUGACCCAAUUCAAGGAUACUUUGACAUAACAUGGUGA